AUGCACCCGAAGGAACGCAAAUGGGACAACUUCUUGCCUACAAUGACGAGAGUUUUCGUAGCGGCUAAAUACUUUGGGAUACCAACUUAUGGCGGGAAAGCGGCCUUAGUCGGUGCUCUUGUGUUGCUCACAAUGUUGGUAACUCUUGAAUUUUUCUCAAUUUGGAAACUCAUACGCACACUCAACGGUUGGAAUCUUAAUCCAAAAGGUAGUAUAACAGCUCGCCUAUCCGGUUCUAUAUUUUACGGCAAUGCAUUGUUAUCUAUGCUGAUAACUUGGAGGAUAGUGAACAAGUGGAAGGAUUUGUCCGAGUAUUGGCUUCAAAUGGAGACUAAAAGCGGUCUCGUACUACCGCCAGACAAGAAGAUUAGACGGAGAACGCUAUUUGUUACUGGUUAUGUCGUUGUGUGUGCUCUUGUGGAGCACAUAUUAAGCAUGAUGUCAGCUACAGGACUAGACUGUCCUUUCAGAGAAUACUUUGAGAGGUACAUUCUCAGUUCACAUGGCUUUCUACUAGAAAAACGAGAAUAUUCCUUGUGGCUGGCAAUACCGAUAUUCAUUCUGAGUAAGCUGGCGACAGCGCUGUGGAAUUUCCAAGACCUGAUUAUAAUUUUAAUUAGCAUGGGCCUCGCCUCCAAGUACCACAGAUUAAACGCCUUCGUCCGUCGCGUCGUCGUCUUCGAGAGAAGAAUGAAGGCUUAUUGUAAAUUGGAACGAACUUUGGUCUCCAGAAUAAACACAUGGAGGAAACUACGAGAAUCCUACGCACAUCAGGCCAAUCUUGUCAGAAAGGUGGAUCAGAGCAUCGGUGGAUUAAUACUGUUAUCGAAUUUGAACAAUUUCUAUUUUAUCUGUUUACAACUGUUUUUAGGUAUAGGUUUUAUCAAAGAAGAUGGUACAGUCAUAAACCGAGUCUACUAUUUCUACUCUCUGGCGUGGCUGCUGUUCCGCGCAUGCGCUGUUCUUCUAGCGGCUAGUGACAUCCGGAUGCAUUCCCAACGGGCCAUACCUAUCUUAAACAUGUGUACAAGCGCAGGAUAUAACAUUGAAAUAAAGCGAUUGAAAUACCAAAUAGAACAUGAGAAGAUCUGGUUAAGUGGAAUGGGGUUGUUCUACUUAUCUCGUCAAAAACUUUUAGAGGUGGCUGGCGCUAUAGUGAAGUACGAACUGAUACUUCUACAGUAUGACAAACAAAAAACGUAG